AUGUCGUCGAGCAACAAUGAUGCUGCGCUCUUAUACUCUCCUCCUGGUACCGAUGAAUUGAUGGAGCCAUAUUUGUCAACUCAAAACUAUGAAGAAAUAUUCACCAAUAAAAUCACAUGGUUUGUUGAUGAUACCAAUGUCUACCGUGUCAUAGUUCACAAUAUGCAUGGGGGAAAAUUAACAUAUACGACCAACGGUGCAGUUUUUAUUCUCAAUCCAAAAACUGGUCAGCUAUUCUUCAAGGUUAUCCAUGCAAGUGUUUGGACCGGUCAGAGACUCCUCGGCGGUCAGGUGGCGAAGUGGAAAACUGCUGAAGAGGUUGGUGCACUUGUGAGGACUCGCCAUGCUCUAGAAGAGCCGGAUCAAAUCAUUGUUACUCGUGAAGGAAUGUUGGAUCCACUCGAGGUUCACUUGCUGGAUAUCCCUAACAUACUUAUCAGGGGAAGCGAGCUGAAGCUUCCGUUCCACGCUUGCCUUAAGGUUGAGAAACUUGGUGACGUGGUUUCCAAGGCGACGGAAUCAGAGAUGGUUUUGUUCAAUAUCUAUGAUGAUUGGUUGGAGAAUAUUUCUGCGUUUACUGCCUUUACGAGACUCGUUCUGAUCUUACGUGCGCUUGAUGUGGAUAAGGACAAGGCUAAGAUGUUGUUGAAGCCUGACGAGUCUGUUGUCACUGAGGCGCAUCAUGUAUGGCCUACACUCAGUGAUGAUGAAUGGAUGAAGGUGGAAGUAGCACUAAGAGAUGUUAUCGUUUCUGACUACGCAGAGAAGAAGAACGUGAAGGCAUCGGAUCUGACGCAAGCGGAGAUCAGAGAUAUUAUUCUAGGAGCUGAUAUUACUUCACCCUCACUUGUUUAA